UUUCGUAACCGCACUUAUUUCCAACCUUCUGUUGCCUCAUACACGACAGAGAUGCGGGCCCACGCGAUCAAAGCCGGGCGAUUCGCCAAUUGCCGGGUUCCGUCCUCCCGAUUUGCUCAGCUAGCAUCGAGCAGAGGAUUAGCCACUGCACACCCUGUGCCCCGUCCCCAUAAUGUCGAUAUCGCAUCGCGAACGCCACCGUAUCGGAAGCUCCUCAAGAGACUCGAAGAAGUGCGCAGAGUGCUUGGACCAAACCGACAAUUGACCCUCGCGGAGAAAAUAUUGUAUUCUCAUCUCGAUAAUCCAGAGGAGUCGCUGCUUUCGGGAACAAACAAUGGCAGAGAUGUAAGAGGCCAGGCAAACCUCAAACUCAAGCCUGACCGUGUGGCAAUGCAAGACGCCUCCGCGCAAAUGGCCCUAUUGCAGUUCAUGACGUGCAAUCUCCCAUCCACAGCUGUUCCCGCGAGUAUUCACUGUGACCACAUGAUCGUUGGCGAGAAGGGUGCGGACACCGAUUUGCCCAAUUCAAUUGCUGGAAACAAAGAGGUAUUUGAUUUCUUGGAAUCGGCGGCAAAGAAAUAUGGCAUUGAGUUCUGGCCUCCUGGCGCGGGUAUCAUCCACCAGUCCGUUCUGGAAAACUAUUCGGCUCCCGGCUUGAUGAUGUUGGGCACGGACAGCCAUACCCCGAAUGCCGGUGGAUUGGGUGCUAUUGCCAUUGGAGUUGGUGGGGCAGACGCAGUGGAUGCCCUGGUGGAUGCACCGUGGGAACUCAAGGCUCCGAAGAUCUUGGGUGUUAGACUCGAAGGAGAAUUGAGUGGAUGGGCAAGUCCCAAGGAUGUCAUUCUCAAGCUGGCUGGUGAACUCACUGUUCGGGGCGGUACAGGGUACCUCAUUGAGUAUUUCGGCCCCGGUGUUAACACUUUGAGUUGUACUGGCAUGGCCACUGCUUGCAAUAUGGGUGCCGAAGUCGGUGCUACGACAUCUGUCUUCCCGUUUUCUCCUGCACAUGUACCAUAUCUGGAAGCUACACACCGAGGUUCGAUUGCUCGAGCCGCACAGGAAAUCGCAAAUUCGCCCAUGGAUCGAAACCUGCUACGCGCUGAUUCGGGUGCAGAAUACGACAAGGUCAUCACUAUCGAUCUCUCAACUUUGGAACCUCGAAUAAACGGCCCGUUCACUCCAGACCUUUCGACGCCUCUCUCGAAAUUCAAGUCGUUGGUGGAAGAGAAAGACUGGCCCAAAACCUUCGGUGCCGGACUCAUUGGAAGCUGCACGAACAGUUCCUACCAGGACAUGACUCGAUCAGAGGAGAUUGUAAAGCAGGCAUCAGCAGCAGGGCUCAAGCCGAAGGCCGAUUUCUUCAUCACACCAGGAAGCGAACAGAUCAGGGCGACUUUGGAGCGUGAUCAAACUCUUUCCACGUUCGCCUCGGCUGGAGGUGUCGUUUUGGCAAAUGCAUGUGGUCCGUGCAUUGGCCAGUGGUCAAGGACAGAUGAUGUCAAGAAAGGCGAAGACAACGCAAUCUUGACUUCCUACAACCGCAACUUUCCAGGUCGCAAUGAUGGCAACCGUGCUACUAUGAACUUCCUUGCCUCCCCUGAACUCAUCACGGCAAUGACAUACUCCGGUUCAAUGACUUUUAACCCCAUGACUGACAGCAUACCGACUCCCUCUGGGGAACUUUUCAAAUUUUCCCCACCAAAAGGGUCUGACCUGCCUUCCGGAGGUUUUGCUGAAGGAGUUGCAGAGUUACAACCCACGCCCGGUGUGCCCGACCCCAGCGUCGAAGUUGUAGUCAGCCCCAGCUCUACGCGUCUGGCCCUCCUUGAUCCUUUCCCUGCGUUUCCCGAAUCCGAACUUACAUCUCUCCGUGUUCUUUACAAGGUCAAAGGCCAAUGUACAACGGAUACAAUAUCUGCAGCUGGACCAUGGCUCAAGUACAAGGGACAUCUACCCAACAUCUCAGAAAACACUCUCAUUGGCGCCGUAAAUGCCGCAACGAACGAGGUCAAUGUUGCCUACGACGUAGACGGUACCAAGUCUGGUAUCCCUGACCUGGCCAAACGAUGGAAAGAGCAGGGUCAAGAAUGGCUUGUUGUCGCAGAACACAACUAUGGUGAAGGGUCGGCUCGUGAACACGCUGCUCUGCAACCGCGAUACCUUGGCGGACGUGUCAUUCUGGCAAAGUCUUUCGCACGUAUUCACGAAACCAAUCUCAAAAAGCAAGGCAUUGUACCGCUCACUUUCGCCAAUGAGUCAGAUUACGAUCUUCUCAAUGCCUGCGACGAAGUGGCCACAAGGGGCCUACUUGAUGUGCUGAAGAGUGGCGGCAAAGGCGAAGUUGAAUUAGUUGUCAAGAAGGGCGGAGAAGAGACAGUAAUUAAGACGAAGCAUACGCUCAGCAAGGACCAAUCUGCUUUUGUACUUGCCGGAAGUGCAUUGAACGUAUUGGCGAGGAACGCGAAAGUGCAAAAGGAAGAGGUGACGAGGGCCAAUGAAUUGUCUGAUUAGGUGUUGGAAACAAUGGGGAAAUCUGUACAUGCAUAACUUAAAAUUGUAGUGCCUUCUAGCACAGGGACCAUAUGUUCUGUCAUUUGGGAUUUGAAGGAUUAAGACCAAAGAAUCAUCAUACCUCUACAUAUAUCCCGCGUGAGUAUCGGUGAAACUCUGAAUAUCGUGCAGAUCAAAUCCAACCUCGGCAAACAUGCGCAGGUAUACAUGAGUUGUGGUAUAUC